AUGGAAGAGACAAAUAAGCAAAGAACCAAAUGGGAACAAGAUGGGGUCAGUAAUGAAAUGAAUAAUUGGGAAUUGGCAGAGGAAGAGAGUGUUGACUGGAGAGGGAAACCUUCCAACCCUAACAAGCAUGGUGGAAUGAGAGCUGCUCUCUUUGUUCUUGGACUACAAGCAUUUGAGAUAAUGGGGAUAGCAGCGGUGGGGAACAACCUUAUAACAUAUGUUAUAAACGAAAUGCAUUUCCCUUUGUCUAAAGCAGCCAAUAUAGUCACCAACUUUGUCGGCACAAUCUUUAUCUUCGCCCUUCUCGGCGGCUACCUCUCCGACGCCUUUCUAGGCAGCUUCUGGACCAUCCUCAUCUUCGGCUCCGUCGAGCUUUCUGGUUUCAUACUACUAUCAGUACAAGCACAUUUACCUCAAUUAAAGCCACCAAAGUGUAAUCCAUUGGUAGAACAAAACUCAUGCGAAGAAGCAAAAGGUUUCAAGGCCAUGAUCUUCUUCAUGGCACUCUACUUGGUGGCUUUAGGAAGUGGUUGUGUGAAACCAAAUAUGAUAGCUCACGGUGCGGACCAGUUUUGUCAGUCGCAUCCAAAACAAUCUAAAAGACUCUCGUCUUACUUCAAUGCCGCUUAUUUCGCCUUCUCCAUGGGAGAGCUUAUUGCGCUCACUCUCCUCGUUUGGGUCCAAACUCAUUCGGGCAUGGACAUUGGGUUCGGAGUCUCUGCUGCAGCCAUGACUAUGGGCCUCAUUAGCUUAGUCUCUGGCACUAUGUAUUUUCGUAACAAACGUCCACGUCGAAGCAUCUUCAUUCCCAUUGCACAAGUUGUUGUGGCUGCCAUAGUGAAAAGAAAGCUGGUGUCUCCCUCUGACCCAAGAAUGCUUCAUGGAGACCACCAUGUCUCAAACGACGUCGUACCCUCCUCCACUUUACCACACACUCCUCGCACAAACACAAAGGAGAGUCCAUGGAGGCUCUGCACGGUAACACAAGUAGAGCAAGUCAAAACCCUAAUCUCACUUGUCCCAAUCUUCGCAAGCACAAUCAUCUUCAACACCAUCUUGGCUCAGCUCCAAACGUUCUCGGUUCAACAAGGAAGUUCCAUGAACACUCGUCUCUCAAAUUCCUUCCACAUUCCUCCGGCUUCACUACAAGCCAUCCCUUACAUUAUGCUCAUCUUCCUCGUGCCUCUCUACGACUCUUUAUUGGUUCCUUUUGCGCGUAAGCUCACAGGACAUAACUCAGGCAUUCCUCCAUUGACUCGGAUCGGAAUCGGGCUUUUCCUCUCCACUUUCUCCAUGGUUUCAGCUGCCUUGCUCGAGAAGAAACGUAGAGACUCUUCGGUUCUUGAUGGUAAAAUCUUGAGUAUAUUCUGGAUCACGCCGCAGUUCUUGAUCUUUGGGAUCUCCGAGAUGUUUACAGCUGUUGGAUUAAUCGAAUUCUUUUACAAGCAAUCUGCAAAAGGCAUGGAAUCAUUCUUGAUGGCCUUGACUUAUUGUUCGUACUCCUUCGGGUUUUACUUUAGCUCCGUUCUCGUUUCGGUCGUAAACAAGAUAACUUCAACGUCGGUCGGCUCCAAAGGGUGGCUCGGGGAAAACGAUCUGAAUAAGGACAGGCUCGAUCUCUUUUAUUGGCUUUUAGCGGUUCUUAGUCUAUUGAACUUUCUUAGCUAUCUCUUUUGGUCUCGUUGGAACAUUAAGUCUUCGAGAAGCAACAACACUAAUGUGGUGGGAGAUGAGAACAUUUAG